AUGUACUAUGAGAAGGGUAUCAUUUUUCAACAGCUGAAGUAUGAACUUGAACUUCUGAAGAGGUUCGAGCUGACAAAUUGCAAGACUACAAUCACACCUAUUGAAACAAAUCACAAGUUGGAUUCUGAUGUUGAAGGUGAUGAUGUAGAUCCUACAACUUUUAAACAUUUGGUUGGCUCAUUGAGAUAUCUCUAUAACACCAGACCAGGAAUCCGUUAUGAAGUUGGAAUGGUAAAUAGGUUUAUGAGCAAACAAAAGUGGUCACAUUACCAAGCUGUUAUCAUGAUUCUGAGGUAUAUUAAGGGGACUCUGAAGUAUGGAGUGUUAUUCUCUUCUGGUGUUAAGUCUGAAUCAGAACUGGUGUGCUAUUCAGAUUAUGAUUGGUGUGGAGACAAAGUUGACAGAAGAAGUACUUCUGGAUAUUUCUUCAAGUGUCUGGGAGGUCUUAUCUCUUGGUGCUCCAAGAAGCAACUAGUGGUUGCAUUCUCAACCUAUGAAGCUGAGUACAUUGCAGGUGCUUUGUUUGUGUGUGAAGUUGAUGAUUAA